AGCAAAGCAAGUUUGAUGCCAUAAACUAUAAAUAUGAUGUCGACCACGACAUGGCUCAAUCACCUACCUACAAUUCUGAGCAAAGCCAAGACUAUGUGCAUGCUGCCUGCGCUCGUACGCCAUCUUUGACAUCACCAGGAGACAACUGCACCAAAAACAAAUAAGUCAGCGGAGUUUUCUCAAAACCAGCAAAGAGGACUUGGAGGCAUCAUGAGUCCAUUCACCUUCAAAACUACGAACCACCCGACUACCCCGGCAAAACUCGGCAGUCCAGUGAAUUCGGGAGUCAUGGAGCGCCUGAUGGACCAGCUAGGGCCAAUCGAGAUCAAGACAAUUGGUGCCGACUGGGUGGCCAACUUGUCCGGAUUGCUUAAUCUGAAUGACCCGAAGGCCGUGCAAGCGGGUCUAAAAGAACGCCGUGAGCCGAUCAAAAUUUUCGCCCACGUUAUACGGCACCCUUCUCAGGGCUUCUUUCUGGUUGAUACAGGCGUAUCACGGCGUUUUGUGUCUGACCCUGAGGAAGUAGGAGUUGGUUGGGUCUUGCGGAAAUAUGCUGGUAUAAGUGACAUGAAGGCUCAGCAAAGUACAAAGGAAAUCAUCGAGGCUGAGGGCACAGCUUUAAAGGGGGUUUUUAUGACGCAUCUUCAUCUUGAUCACGUCUCAGGACUUCCGGAUAUUCCGAAGGAUGUACCCAUCUAUAUUGGACCCCAUGAGGCAGAUUCGGGGUUGUUCAUGAAUGUGGCUGUCCAAGGUACGAACGAUCGCCUUCUUGCUGGACGGCCGCCGCUGCAAGAGUUCGAUAUACCUAGGGAUGCGGACAAAAAGUUUGAGGGAGUAAUCGACAUCUUCGGUGACGGCACAUUGUUCGCUAUUCACAGCCCUGGCCACACCACAGGACACAUUGCUCUUGUCGCUCGCACGCCAGCAGGUCCGGUGCUCAUGACAGGCGAUGUGUGCCACACCCGCUGGGGCUGGGAUAACGGUGUCGAGCCAGGAACCUUUCUGAAAGAGCGGGAUCCCAGCCGGAAAAGCCUCUUCGCACUCAAGGCGUUAAGCGAGCGUCACCCGAAUAUGGAGGUCAAGCUGGGUCACCAAUUGUGA